AUGAUUUCCGUACCUGCGUGUUAUUUUAGCAUCGGGACGAUGUUGGUUCGCGCUACAAAGCUUUUUUUCGCGAAAAACUAUUCGGUCAGCUCGACCGGCAAUCUGUUGUAUUUUCUCAAAGACCGAGCGCUGUUAAGGGUAGACGGAGCGGACGCCUCGCAUUUUUUACAAGGACUGAUCACCAACGACGUAUCCCACUUAAACGGGACUCCCGGUAGCAUGUUCGCCAUGUUCUUAAACUUAAAAGGUCGCGUUUUGUGCGACUCCAUCAUUUACAAGCAUGAAGAGGAUAAAUUCUUGAUCGAAUGCGACGUCCAAGGGGCCACCACGUUACAUAAGCACUUGAAAAUGUACAAGGUGAGGCGAAAAGUGAACCUAGAUCAUCUGGGAGAUCGUAGACUGUACGCUCUUUGGAAUUCAGAGUUCGGUGGCCUCGAUAUGAAAGAAUCAUUUCCCCAAAGUUCGAGCGAGGUUAGGAUACAUAAGGGCUUAAUUAUCUUCAAAGAUCCCAGAGUAGCAAGCUUGGGUUAUCGAAUUAUAGCUGAGGAUACCGAGGACGUGAAAGCUGAAUUAAGUAAUAUCAUUGAGUGUACUAUGGCCGACUAUAGUAGGUACCGUGCUCUCCGAUAUACGUUGGGAGUGGGAGAAGGCCCCAAAGAGCUGCCCCCGGGCAAUUGCUUUCCCCUCGAGUGCAACUGCGACUACUUGCACGGUAUCAGCUUCCACAAGGGCUGCUACUUGGGUCAAGAGCUGACGGCCAGGAUUUAUCACACGGGAGUUAUAAGGAAACGUCUAAUGCCUCUCGUUUUUACCAAAACCGCUACAAUAUUACCCGAACAGAACAUUAUCAUUCACGAAGGUGUGAAUUUAGGCAAGUUGAGAGGGGUGGAGGGAAACGUCGGGCUCGGGUUGAUGAGGGUAACUCAAGCUCUCGAUGUGGGUACGGUCAAAGUGGGAAACGGAGAGGCGGUGAUCGAGAAGCCAAAAUGGUGGCCCCUGGAGUUGCCGAAAGAAAAAGUCAACCUACCAAAAAUGUAAUUUUCUAAAUUUUAGGUUAUAGAAAGAGAACAUACCAAACGAAGGUAUCAAAAUGGACGUCGAUAUGGGCAAACUAGAAUCUCCAGAAAAAGGGAAGAAAGAAGAGGUAACCCCGAAAGAGGAGGAGGAGGAAAUCCCUCAAUAUUUUGAAUGUCAUUUUUGC